AUGACAGUCAAAGCUGCUUUAUCAACAAAGAAAAUUCAGUCAUCAAAGCAGAAAUAUGUUAAGGCAAGGACUGCAAUUAAGGGUGUGUUAGUGUUGACACCGUUACUAGGAAUUACAUGGAUUAUAGGUCUGUUCUCCUUCAAUAAUGAUUUGAUCGUCUUUCAAUUCUUGUUUGCAAUUGCAAACUCACUACAGGGCUUUUUGAUCUUCAUUCUGUACUGUUUCAGAAACCCUCAGGUAAGAACUGCCUUCACAAAAAAUCGAAAAAAUGCCUUCAUAUCUUGGGUUUUUAAUUCCGCAACAAGGAAAUCUGAAAGGAGUACUUCUCGUAAAAAUAUGAGCUCUGUCUAA